CAGCCACCUAAUUCAUUCAACAGCUCGGCUCUGCAGCUUUGCCACAUACAACACACAACCGGCUUCUGCCCGAUAAUCUUAUCAUACUAGACAGCGGAUUGUAAAACUCGUCUGCGAAUUGAAACCCACAACCUGCCGACUCUGCUACCGCCAUUAAUUGGAAUUGGAGCUGCCAGCGGAGCCAGACCUUGGCAACCAGAGCAAUCAAGGCUACCGGACAAUUUGUCGUGGCCACUGCUUCACACAGCCAAACCCAUCAUCCUGUACCACUUAACAGAUAGCAUCGAGACAUCGGCGAUAUGUUUUUCCCAGGCUCCAUCCAGGAAGGCAUCUCCAAUGCUGUUGAGAAGCAGAAGCUUGUUCUCUGCUUCGUCACAGAUGGGAAGGAGGAGAGCCAGCAAUGGGAAACAGAAUAUCUCCAGGAUGAUUCGGUAACGUUGAUCGACUCGUAGGCGUGUUUUUUGUACUAACAGAGGCCAGAUUAAACCGUUAAUCGAGACACAAGCCCUUGCUCUUCGACUGCAGGCGGGCUCGGACGAAGCUGGAUAUCUGGCCCAAAUUUUCCCGCUGCCUAAAACACCAACAAUCGUCAUCAUGAAACAUGGUGAACUGAAGGAAUACAUUGCUGCUGGAACCACCAAAGAUGACUUCUUCCGCCGUGUCCAGAACGCCCUAAACCCGGCCCCUCGACAAUCUCCUCAUCUCACUCCUGUUCGACAACCCGUCCCAUCCACACCUCCUACAACAUCCUUUGGGCUUUCAUCAUCACCCGAAGCCGAUACAUCGGAAAGCGUACGUCGUGUGCUGGCUGAGCGCGCUGCUCGUGGUCAACAAGUCAAGGAGGAAGCAGAGCGGAAGGAAAAGGAAGCCAAAGCCAAAGCUGAAGCUGCUGAAGCUGCUGAGGCUGCCAAGGCGGAAGAAAAGAAGGCUAAAUCAAAUGCCCAAGCUGAGGAUUAUAGGGCUAAGCGCCAACAGCAGUCUGAGGAACGCCAACGUAUUCUUAAACGCAUAGAGGACGAUAAAGAAGCCCGUCGCAAGCAAGCAGAGGAGCGCGAGAGGCAACGAAGGCUGAGCACUGACGACGGCACAAGCUCCCUUGCUAGCAGUAUUGGCGGCUCUAAAAUGACAUCCACGACCAGAAUUGGCGAAAUGACAGCCAUUCAAGUAAGACUGCUGGAUGGUUCUACGAUUCGCUCCCGCUUUAAGACCGCGUCAUCAGUGGCCGAUAUCCGUAAAUGGGUCGACGGCGAGCGAACUGAUGGUGACUUGCCGUACAAGUUUAAGCAGAUCCUCACCCCUUUGCCCAAUAAGAACAUUGAUGUGGCGGAAGAAUCAAAGUCACUGCGGGAAGCUGGGUUAGCACCGUCAUCGACUCUGCUCCUUAUCCCUGUUCCCAAGUUUGCUGCAGCAUACUCAGAGGGACAAGGUGGUAUCAUUGGACAGAUCUUGGCUCUAAUUAUUGGAUUUUUCACAGCCAUCCUGGGCCUGGUUGGCCUCGGAGACCAGUCUGAGAGGAGCAACGCAGAAGAGCAUCCCGAGCCUACGCCAUCAGCGUCGGCAUCUGGUGUUUCGACCCCUAGAGAACGGAAGAUACACGGGUUCGAAACGCCCACGGGCGAGCAAAAGGAUUACCAACUAUAUAACGGUAACUCGCUUAAUUUUGAGCCGAGGCCUGAUGAGGAUGAAGAGAAGUAAAUCUUUGAUGAUCAUUUAUGAGUUUUCAAACAUGGAGCGGAAAUGCUACAUCUAUUGUACAAUAUAAAAGAAGUCUGCCAUCCUGUAUUCGUCUAUGAUCCUUCUGCAGACAUUAUGCUUCAAUGCUUUGUAUCUAUUACAAUUAUAACAGAGCGAACAUUGUUCCCAGUCAGACUUGUGGUAUUCAUCGUUGUCGUCGUUUUCAUGGUUCCAGUUUCGCAUUGCUAUACAAAUCUCCCAUCACCAAGCAACGUAGACUCCCUUAGUAGGGCUUGGCAGCAGCCUGGCAGGCCUUGAGCUGCUCAAGGUACCAGUUGCAGAUCUGCAUGUUGCCGUUGUUCUCGUCCAUGCACUGGGUGAACUGCUGGGUGGCGGCACCGCAGUUGUUGCCCCAUUGCUGCUGCUGAGCCUGCGAGGGCUGCUGGUACUGAUCGGGAGCCUGGGAGUUGUACUGCUGGGGAGCAGGUUCGGAGGAGCUGCCGCCGGAGAAGAAGCCACCGAUGGCGUGGCCGACGGAGGAGCCAAUGGCAACACCACUGUUUUAUUACAAGUUUGUUAGCGGAUAGACUACCACAGCAUCCUAUUAAAAGGCACUACGUACGCAGCGGUGCUAGCCAUCUGGCCAAAGAGACCAGGGCCCUGAGACUGGACAGGAGGAGCCUGCUGGUACUGCUGAGGAGCAGCCAUGGUCGAGGCAGGGCGGUUCUGCUGGGGAGCGGGAGGAGCAGCGGCCGUAGGGCGAGUAGGGGUCCGGGUAGGGGCAGCAGGGCGAGCGCCGGAUCUUUGACGAGGCAUUGUGAUGGGAGAUUGUGUGGUUGUGUGGUUUUGUUGGAGGAGGAUUGAGGGUUGACGUUUUGUUCGGAGUGAUUUUCGUCGGCGAUACAAUAAAGUGGAAGCUUGGAGAAGGGUCGCAGAGGAGGUUGCCUGGAGUGACCAAUCAGGGGCAGGGCAAUUGGGCGCGUGGAUCGAAGCCGCCGGCGCCUCGCUAUAAGAAUACGGUUCCAGUGGCGAGGCCAAAGUACAGUCACUAACAUUAACGAGAAGAAUGCAAUUAAUUUUAAAUGAGAAAAUAAU